CAUUUUCUCAAAAAUUAUGCACUAGACAACGUGGGAAGCUCUAAUAUUUCAUUUCAAAGACAACGUGAAGGCUACCACUCUUUAACAACUCCUGUGUGCUUUUUCUUCUUCACUUUCUUUUUCUUUCUUGCCCAGCUUAUUAUAUAAGAUGCACCAUUGCAAACGGACAAGGCAUGCAUUGGGAAAUAUUUGGUGUGGCAUUGUGAAAGAGGCUGAUCAUAUAUAGCCAAUUCUCAAUCCAAACCAUCUAAAGAUUAUGAUGAAGAGCUUCGAGUUUACACCAUUUCCUGUCUUCCUCGCAAUAUUGCUAGUCGGUUCUCUUUAUCUUGAGGCAGCCACCGCAACAGCCUUCGAUUAUGGCGAGGCUCUGGAUAAGAGCUUGGUGUUUUUCGAAGCACAAAGGUCGGGUAAACUUCCAUUAGGCCUUCAGCGAGUCAAAUGGCGCGGCGAUUCGGGGCUCAAAGACGGAUUUUCUCAAGGAGUGGACUUGGUUGGAGGGUAUUAUGAUGCAGGGGAUCAUGUGAAAUUUGGUCUGCCAAUGGCAUUCAGUGUGACAAUGCUUUCAUGGGGAGUUAUUGAAUUCAGGGAGGAGAUCAAAGAUUUAAACCAAAUGGGACAUACCUUAUGGGCCAUUAGAUGGGGCACUGACUACUUCAUGAAAGCACAUACACAGCCUAAUGUUCUUUGGGGACAGGUUGGGGAUGGUGAUUCUGACCAUUAUUGUUGGGAACGUGCCGAGGACAUGACAACUCCAAGGACUGCUUACAAGCUAGAUGAAAACCAUCCGGGUUCAGACCUCGCAGGCGAAACCGCAGCUGCCUUAGCUGCAUCCUCCAUAGCUUUCAAGCCUUACAACUCUUCCUACUCUAAUCUCCUCCUGGUUCACGCAAAACAGCUUUUCUCAUUCGCUGAUACGUUUAGAGGUCUAUAUGACAACUCCAUUUCGUGUGCUAAGCAAUUCUAUACUUCAUCGGGUUAUUCGGAUGAGCUGUUAUGGGCUGCUGCGUGGCUCUACCGAGCAACCAACGACGAGUACUACUUGAAAUAUGUGGUGGACAAUGCUGUGUAUAUGGGAGGAACUGGAUGGGCGGUAAAAGAAUUCUCUUGGGACAACAAAUAUGCUGGUGUCCAAAUCCUUCUCUCAAAGAUCCUUUUGGAUGGACAAGGCGGCGCACAUACCACCAUACUGAAGCAAUAUCAGGCCAAAGCCGACUACUUUGCUUGUGCUUGUCUGCAAAAGAAUGGCGGUUACAAUAUCUACAAAACCCCUGGUGGGUUGAUGUACGUCCGACAAUGGAACAACAUGCAAUAUGCCUCUGCAGCUGCAUUUCUUCUGGCUGUUUAUUCUGACUAUCUCAAAGCUGCAAAUUCCCAGCUCGCUUGCCCAGAUGGCCAAAUUCAACCUCAAGACCUCCUCAACUUUGCUCAGUCACAGGCUGACUACAUUCUGGGGAAGAACCCCAAAUCCAUGAGUUACUUGGUUGGAUAUGGACCAAGAUACCCGACCCGUGUACACCACCGGGGUGCUUCCAUUGCUUCUGUAUAUGUUCUCCAUUCCAUGGUUGGGUGCACUCAAGGAUUCGAGAAAUGGUACCAUCGCUCUGAAGGCGAUCCAAAUGUCAUAUAUGGAGCUCUUGUAGGAGGCCCUGACAAGAAUGACGAGUUCAAUGAUGACAGAUCCAAUUAUGAACAAACUGAGCCUACAAUUUCUGCUUGUGCUCCUCUUGUUGGACUUUUCUCUAAGUUGCAGAGUAUAAAUGGACUUCCAGCAGGUCCCUAUCAUAAAGAACCACCGGUUUCCCAUCAAACAUCACCAAGUUCUUACCACCACGAAAUACUAGCACCCAGUACAACACCACCAGCAGAAAAUAAAGCUUUGGAGUUCCUUCACUCGAUAACUAGCACAUGGAGCAGAGGAGAAACAACAUAUUAUAGGCACAAGGUGAUAAUCAAGAACACGUCCAAGAAGCCAAUCACAGAUCUUAAGCUGGUGAUUGAAAACCUUACGGGGCCUUUAUGGGGUCUAUCACCAACACAGGAAAAGCAUACCUACGAGCUUCCUAAAUGGCUAAAAGUUUUGAAUCCCGGUUCCACGUGCACUUUCGUCUAUGUUCAAGGCGGUCCUCAAGCCAUCGUUAACAUUCUAAGCUACCACUAACAACUCCAAGUGAGGAUUUAAAAAUGCAAAUACUUCACACCCAAAAACCAAAGUGAAAGAAAAUGAAAAAUUUUCAGUUUAAAAGCACAAGUUUCGAUAAAUGCAAUGUGAAAUUUCACUUUUUUAAGUUUUUCUAUUUUAUAGUCCCACUUGGUGCUAGCCAACGUUUUAUGUCAUACUUUUCCUUUAUUCUUUUUGAUGAUAAAUAAUGUAAAGAUAACGUUCAACUCUAAUGUUAGCUGUGAAUUAACAGGGUUUAAUACCAUUAUUUAUUUCAAAAGCAAGUAAAACAAAAAUAAAUUGAACACAGAGACCUAAUUGAAUUUUAACCCCUUUUUCUUUUUUCUUUUUUUUUUCUUUUUUUUUUUUAUGAAAACUAAUUGAGUUUAGCUGUGAACAUUGCAUUCCCUCAGAAGAGAAGAAAAAGAAAAAGAAAAGUCGUAAACUUAAGAAUUAAAGGCCGGAGAAGUGGAGUUGUUCCCUAGAGCUUGUUCUUGUUCGAAUUAGCGUUUGGAAUUAUUAUUAUUAUUAUUUUUUUAAAAUACUGCAAGGAUUAUGUGCAAGUAUUUCCAUUAACUUCUGCAGUGCCAUGAGAGGCACUUUUCAUUUAUUUUUCAAGUGUUCACUAGAAAAAGACAUGAAUUGCAACUUUUCAGCUGCAAAACACUCCAUUAGAAGAAUUGCGGCUUAAAAUAAGAAAACCUAAUGCAACAGAAGAUAGAAGACACUAUUAAAUUAAUAAAUUUAGAGUCCAGAACUUCAACAAAACAUAAAUUGCCAACUUGUACCAAGAUGUCGAGCAAGUCAAAACCAUAACGGAAUCAUAAAAUUUAAAUUACUUAUCAGAAUAUUAUAUAUGGAAGAAACCGGAAAAGCGGGGCGAAUUGUUCAAAAUU